UGCUCAGGGCCGCCAGGGAUGAAGGGUUCGCUGAAGGUGGCCCAUAGCACUUGUUUGUACUCUCUUUUCUGUUCCUUGGGGGUUUGCUGAGCGGUUUCCUUAGAACAUCACUAGACCCAGCGCGGGCGCUCAGCGCGGAUCUCCCACACUGUCGGAGUGGGCGCGGCCCCCUCCCGCCCUGGGUUCCCCGCACGACCACGCAGCCCCGCCCCAAGCCGCCGCCUCCCGUCCUCGGAGGGGCCAGCCCGGGCCCACCCGCCCGCUGCGGUGGGCGGCAGUCACGACUAGAGGCGCGCGAUCUCCAGUGAGGUGGCUGCGGGCGCUGCGCGGGGCGGGGCGGAGGCCGGGGAGGUGGGCAGGACCUGGUCAGGCGAGGCCCCAGGGCACACGCCGCCGCCUGGCGCGAUGGACAUCCCGGGGACCCGGCGGCACUGAGCGAUCAAGCACGAGCCUGCGGUUCCCCCAGAAGCCCAACACAGUUCCCGCGGCCGGCCACGAUGAUUCCUCCAAGUGGCGCCCGCGAGGACAGCGGAGACGGACUGACCGGGGAGGCAACGGGCACAGAGCAGCCGCCCUCUCCUGCGUCCACCAGCAGCCUGGAAUCCAAGACCAAGAGCUUGCGGAGCAAAAGUGCUGACAACUUCUUCCCAAGAACCAACAGUGAUGUGAAACCGCAAGCAGACCUGCUGGCCAAGGCCAGCCCAGGCCCCAGCCCAAUAGCCAUCCCUGGAAGCCCAGCGUCCAUGCCCACCAAGGCUGGCCUGCACCCCGGCAGCAACAGCAAGCUCCACGCCUUUCAGGAGCAUGUCUUUAAGAAGCCCACCUUCUGUGAUGUCUGCAACCACAUGAUCGUGGGAACACAUGCUAAGCACGGACUGCGCUGCGGAGCCUGUAAGAUGAGCAUCCACCACAAGUGUGCAGAUGGCCUGGCGCCCCAGCGGUGCAUGGGCAAGUUGCCAAAGGGAUUUCGGCGUUACUACAGCUCCCCCUUGCUCAUUCACGAACAGUUUGGAUGCAUUAAAGAAGUUAUGCCCAUUGCGUGUGGCAAUAAAGUGGACCCCGUGUAUGAGGCCCUCCGGUUCGGCACGUCCCUGGCCCAGAGAACGAAGAAGGGCGGCUCAGGCAGUGGUUCUGACUCACCGCCCAGAACCUCGACUUCAGAGCUUGUAGACGUCCCUGAAGAGGCCGAUGGGCCAGGAGAUGGAUCUGACAUGAGGACACGGAGCAACAGUGUGUUUACAUAUCCAGAAAACGGUAUGGAUGACUUCAGAGAUCAAAUGAAGACCACAAACCACCAGGGACCUCUUUCCAAAGACCCAUUACAGAUGAACACCUACGUUGCCUUGUACAGAUUUAUACCACAGGAGAAUGAAGACUUGGAAAUGAGGCCAGGAGACAUGAUCACUCUCCUAGAAGACUCCAAUGAAGACUGGUGGAAAGGAAAGAUUCAGGACAGGGUUGGUUUCUUUCCAGCCAACUUUGUUCAGAGAGUAGAAGAGCAUGAGAAGAUUUAUAGGUGUGUUCGAACCUUCAUUGGCUGCAAGGACCAGGGGCAGAUAACACUGAAAGAGAACCAGAUAUGCGUGACCUCUGAGGAAGAACAGGACGGCUUCAUCAGAGUCCUCAGUGGGAAGAAGAGAGGCCUCGUCCCACUGGAUGUACUGGUAGACGUGUGACUGUAGCAGUCCCUUCCCAAGCAGGAGGCCAGCGCUGCUGAUCUCUCUGUGUCCACCCAGAGGAGCAGCUGCACGGAUGGGUGCCCAGAAAACAGGGAGACUUGAAGAGCUGAGACUGUGCUAGGAAUCUGGAAGCAGGCCCACUGCACAGCACAUCAAGGCGUCCUGAGAGCAGCAUCCCAGCGCUGAGGGGAGCCGGGGGCAGUAAGUGGGCUGUAGCUAAGGCUGCCCAGGACUCAGCUCCCUUCCUGCCCACCUGUGCAAGGCUGGAGUCUGCUCCAGGUCAUGGUGUGGUCCUAGUGAGAAGUUUGGAGCUGCCGAGUAGCCAAGUUUCUCUGAUUCUGGAUAACUGUUCCCAGGGCUGGCCAAUCAGCCUCAGCAUGAUUCCUGCAGAGAAUCAAGAAGGUCAACCUUCCGGCUCCCAACACCCCAGGGUUCACUCCAGCUCCUGCUCAGUUUGUGUCUCAGUUUGGCUGGCAGGAUUGUUCUUUCUUUCUCUUCAGCAGCACAUCCUAGGCAGGGCCGAACCAGCAUGGUACCAAGUGCAAAGAUCCGACUUACCUACAGAUCGAGAACGAGGGCGUCCUUGCUAUUCCAGUGGCUCCGAAGUGGCAGGGCAAGGUCCAAGGCACAGAGUCCAGCAGCAGCAAGGAGAAGCGGGAGUGGGGACAAGGAAGGAGCCCUUAUGUAUUGGGAUCGGACAGCCCUUUCAGUUGGGGUGGGUUUUUUUCCCAAAGCAGGUGAGGCUGGGAAUGGGAAGUAGGGAAGAGUCUCCAUUUUCAUUCCAUCCCCUCUUUAUCAGGAGCACCACUUCUUCCUGUGGAGGAUGAUCCAGGGACAGGGGAGCACCACUGAGAAAAACAUCUUAGAAUAAAUGUAGCCAACUUAGAAUCCAUUCUUCUCUAGGGCAACGUUUUCAGCUCCAGCAGCUGUGAAGUGGAACGGACCGGGUCAUGCUUCAUCUCUGUGCAAACAGAGGAAGCUGGGGCUUAGCUCACACCACCUGGGGAUAUUGCUCUCUACCUGUACCGAUGUUUACAAGAACAUACCACACUGCGAUGCCUUCCUCCCAAGCCCCGUCCCAGCAUUCAGACCUGCUUCCUAGCAGUCACUGACAUGUUUAAAUGUGACUUUGGGAUUAUUGUUGCUUCAAUUUAUUUUGCCACUGAGCAAUAAAAUCAUUAGAACCAUCGGGGUUGGACUCGGCUCUACUUCGUUUUCUUUUAUGAUUUGUUUUGUUUAUUCGAAAAAGGAUCUCUAGCCUAGGCUAGCCUCAAACUCGCUGCAGAGCUAAGGAUGACCUUGAACUUGGAUUCUCCUGCCCCCACUUGCACAGGGUUGAAGUUACAGAAGUGCACUCACCACACCCCUUGCACGCAGUAGUUUUAUGCAUGCUAGGCAGGAACUCUACCGACUGAACUACCUCCCCAGACCCCAAUAGCCAGUAUUUUGUUUUGUUUCCAUUUUGAAGACUUACAUGGCUACAUCCGGUAUAUGUCAGCCUCAUCCCUAAACCAAAGAAUCAUUUUUCUCUUUAAUAUUUUUGUUACUGCUCAGAAUGCAGUCAGGAGCUGAACAGUGGCAGUCCAGAUGCCUUACUCCCAUUCUGUAGCCAGCAUCCAGUUUUAUCCUCAUCCAACAAGCACUUGUAAAACCAGGGUCCCAGGCACAAGACCUUUGGGAGCACAGGUGGAUCGCAUGACUGCCUUUUGUAAAACUAAACACCCAGGGCGGACAUUUCUGCCUCCAAUCAGUUUUCCAUUUAAUUAAGACAACCCUGGGACUGGACAGAAUGUAAAACGCAUGCAUCCUGUUCUCUUCUGGUUGGCCUCGUGUCCACCGCAGGCUUUUGGUACAAGGGUACCUCAUUUGCGUUUUUUAAAACCAGUCUGCCUUCUCUAGUAGAGUAGAAGGGCGACAAUAUGGUGUCCAGCCUCCCAAGAGGUCUCCCCAUUGGUCUUUGCCUCCUGAUAGUCUUGUCUUUGUGGAGCCUUUCCCCACACUGAAUCAGAGUUAGUCUUACGUGGUCAGUGAAAUAUAACAAAAAAGACAGUGACUGACACAUAAGGCUGGCUCACAAAACUCCCAGCUUCUCUGCCUUGACCUAUCAGAGAAUGUACUGCUAGGAUCUUGGGACAGCAGGUGAGGAGGGCUUAUGCCUGAGGCCACUAGACAGGACAGGACAGGACAGGACAGGACAGGAGAUUAAGCAUCUGGAGCCCCAACUUCAGUGGUUGCCAGGGCAACAAGGAACUAUCCCUGCUGACCACGACUUGGGUCACAAAUCUAUGAUCGAUCUAAGUAUAUACGGUAUUUUUAAGUGUAGUGUCUUAACGUGCUAUUCAGCAGCAGGUGAGCAGGACAGGAGACUUCUGCAACUGCAACCCGAGAAGACAGGUAUCCAGUUUGUACACUGAGACACACAAUCUUUGCUGUCAUGAGCUAUCAGUGGGCUGCUAAGCCCCCAUGCAGGUGUAUAGUAUUCUCCAGAGAUCUAGAGCCUUUCAAACAGAAGAGGAAAAGCAAGAUGUUCUACACAUGCUCUGCAUAGACUGUCAUGGAUGACUCUCGUACAUAUGUACAGACAGACAGACAGAGUAAGAGAAGGAGGAGGAUUUUGGAAGCCAUGGCCAUUCCUGUCUUCUGCUGCUUGACAAGAACAAGGAGGGCAUGGCCUACCAGUCUUUUCUGUUGUUGUUGUUGUUGUUGUUGAUGAUGAUGAUGAUGAUGAUGAUGAUGAUGUUGUUGGUUGGGUUUUUGACAGGGUUUCUCUGUGUAGCCCUGGCUGUCCUGAAACUCACUCUGUAGACCAGGCUGGCCUUGAACUCAGAAAUCUGCCUGCCUCUGCCUCCCAAGUGUUGGGAUUAAAGGCGUGUGUCACCACUGCCUGGUCUGGUCUACCAGUCUUGACAGGUUCCCAGGAAGGCCCUGGCCUACUUAGUAUUGACUUGAGAGUCCAAGACCUGAGAAGCAGCUGGACUGGAGAGGAAGUGAGACCCUUCAGAGACCAUCCUGUAUAAGGAAGGGGAAGAGAGAACAAAGCAUCACUGUGAAGGAGAUACGAUAAGCUUGGGACAUGCUUCAUAGUGUGGAGGCACGCUGUGAAUCCUUACUAUCUGUGUCCUGUCCUGCAGAGGAAGGCAUAGAUAGAGCUAACUCUACAUCAGGGCAACUGUGCCCUGCGCUUCACUCUAGAACAUGGGUCUGUGAUGGCAAAUUUAAGGUGAAGAACUGACUGGACAUUCUGUAGGUGGAGAACAGAAUUUCUCUUCCCCCACCACCAUCACUGCUAGCCAGACUUUGGUUUCACCCUUGAUGUAGACAAUGGGGCUGUGAUGUCUGGUCCGCAUGAUGACAAAGUUGAUUCACACAUCAUUUUCCAUUCCAACUAUAUUACAAGUACACACAUACAGAGAGAGAGAGAGACAGAGAGAGAGAGACAGAGACAGAGACAGAGACAGACAGAGAACCCAUUCUCUGAUAAUGAAGAACUCAACAUCUGGAUUCCAUAUUUGAAACAAUAGAUUUUAUAAAACCUGGUAGGAGGAGCUUAGUGGAGUUAGUCUUCUGUACUAUUAAAGCACAAAGCUUAAAAUCAGUGAAAAAAAAAUCAUACACAUAGCAAAAAUCAAAACUCUUGAGGCACAAAAGCCAGUCUGGAUGCUGUUCUCUAAGCAGAAGAGCGCUAGAGAGCAAACAGACCCACUGAAAGUAGAGCCUGGCCCAGGCAGAAGCAGCCGUGUGUUCUGGCACAAGCUUGCCCAUACUUAGUGUUGCCUUUAGACUCAGGAUUUCUUGGUGCCUUUAAUUUGUUUGGUAACUCCUAGGCUACCUGGAGGUCCCUAACACCUGACUCUUCCUACAGGUCACUGAGUUAGGCGACACUAGAAUGGAAGAAAGCAGACAACUGUCUGCUCUGGACUGAGUGAAGACCUAUGUGCUCCUGAGUAGAAGGCUCUGAUAGCUUGAAUGGGUGCUGAGCGCCUGGGAGUAGGCUGGCGCCUGUGUAAGAACACAAGGAAACUCAGUCAUGCUCAGAAAGGAUCCAGCUAAGUGAGCAGGUGGACUCCAAGGCUCACCACAAACAAAAUCUCCUAAAAAUAACUCGGACCGAAAAUCCAAACUAAUAAAUGACAUCGCACACCUUUCCCUGAGACUUUUCUUAGUCAUCACCCUGCUGUGUGUUUUGUACACCUGGUGAUUUUGAUCCUGGGAAUAUGGUUUCUUCUUUGCUUCCCACAAGGAGUUUUAAAUAGCCUGCAGUCUUCCUGUAGGUAAUGAAAACCUAACUGUGUCUUAAAGUGUCCGUGAGACCAUAGCCAUUUAUUUUAAUAGAUCUCUUUACAAUGAAGAUGUGUACAUAGCUUUUAAUACGGUGUUAUUAAGUUUAAACAGCCAGUUAGUAUCUCUGAUGUCUUUGUGUGUGUCAGAACAUCCAGAUUCCUCAAAAUAGAGCCUGGAAAAAUGCAGGAGCUACCUCCAAGAGUAAGGUGAGCCAAGAGUAAGGUGAGCCGACUUUAGAGUUGUUCCAGUGACGCCUGGCAUGGUGACACAUGUCUGUAAUCCCCCAUGAGGGUGGCCGACUCAGAAGGCUCAACAGGGCAACAUAGAUGAGUUCCAGGCCAGCCUGGGCUACAAUGAGAGAUCCUGUUGAGGGGGCAGGAGGCAGGAGGAGGAGGAAGGGGAGGAGGAGAUGAUGGGGGAGUGGGGUUGGAAGGAAUGACAAAUUCUUCUAUGGACAUUACUCACAUUCUGGAGUCCACUGAUCUUAUCUUUUUCAGCGAGUGGACACAUUUUUAUCUUCUCCUGCCAAUCUACCGAAAUUAACAUGUUUCAAUCAUUUUUCUCAAAGUAAAAUUGUCGUCUAAGAUUCUUGGUCAUUUCCUGAUUCCAGCUUUGACUAUGUUAAAUAGCUGCUUCUAUUUUCACUUCUUUCUGAAUGCUGUGAUUUAAAUUUUGAUUUUUCUCUUUGAUUUAAAAAGAUGUGUGUGUGUGUGUGUGUGUGUGUGUGUGUGUGUGUGUGUGUGUGUGCAACACACACACACAUUGUAUAUAGUUGCUUGAAAGCAGUUCCUGGAUGGCUUCUGCUUUGAUUAAUUUGUUUUUGUGUUCUUAUAGCUGAUCAAUGUUUAUAAGUGUCCAGUGGAUCUUGGGGAGAUGGGUCUAGUUGCAAUGUGUUGAUUUGGCUACAUAUCUACUAAAUAAAACCUUUAAAAAUUCA